AUAAAAUUCUUGCCAGAAUUUCUGAGAACAGCUGAAUUAUACUUCAUGGUAGGACACAAAGUGCACUACUAUGUAUUUACUGACCAACCUGAAGCUGUACCUAAUAUCGCCCUAAAAGCAAAUCGAUUUCUCCAUGUUGUAGAAAGUAAUCCUUACAAACGCUGGCAGGAUAUCUCAAUGCAGCGGAUGGAGAGCAUCUAUCGUCACAUAGAAAAUCAUUUCUACAAAGAAGUAGAUUAUUUGGUUUGUGCUGAUUCUGAUAUGAAGUUUAAUGAUUAUGUAGGAGUGGAAAUUCUGGAUGAACUGGUCGCCACACUUCACCCAGCACACUAUGGUACAGAGCGUGAAAGUCUUCCAUAUGAACGAAGAAACAUUUCUGAAGCCUACAUACCAGUAGAUGAGGGUGAUUUUUACUAUAUGGCUGCAUUCUAUGCCGGAACUGUGCAUGGUAUUUACAAAAUGACCAAGGUUUGUUAUGAUGCUAUUAAAAAAGACAGAAGGAAAGGUGUGGAAGCAGUGUGGCAUGAAGAGAGUCAUUUCAAUAAAUACUUGGUGUACCACAAACCUACCAAAGUACUUUCUCCUGAGUACAUCUGGGACAAUGACAUGGGAAACAGGGAGAUUUUGAAAAAUAAACGUUUUAUUGCAGUCCCUAAGGAUCAUGAUGAAAUUAGAAAUUAGAUCAGAUUCUUGUUUUUGAAUAUAAAAAAUAAUGAAUAUAUUAAUUAACAUGUUCUCAGGAUUAAUAUGUAAGCCAUCAUCCAGGAAAGUACACCGUUAACAACAGAAUGCCAGUAAAUGGUCUCAAUAACUAAGCAGUUAAUGCUAAAUCAAUAAAACUGUUAAGGAAAAUUAAAACAAUGCUGUAAUAAAUGGAAAGUGUGAUGCAGACAUUAAAAAGGUGCAGUUUUAGAAUGCACAGGCUGUCAUUUAUUUCUGUAAAAUACAAACAAGAGAAAUCAGUACCCAUUUUGUAGACGGCUCAUAUUGUCUCCUGUAAAAAAGAAUGGCCUGAUUGUGUGCAAGUUGGAAGGGGAGUUUUGAAAACUGAAUUAACAGCUGACUUUUUUACUGUCAACUCCACAGCCAGUCCUCAAUCGAAAAUGUCUGACAGUGUGCUGAAAUACACAGUUGCUCACUCAUAAAUAUAAUCUGACAGUUGGUUGAGGAGCUUAGUGGAAAGUUGCACCAGUCACCAGUUAUUAGGGAUAUGGGAUUUGUGUUUUAUGGGAUUUCUGUACUGCAGGGUGGGGUUCAUUAGUAACUGGUCUCAGAGUGGAGGAUUUACAUCAUUAUCAACCCCCCUUUUUCCCAUUUUAUACAUGAUGUCAGGUUGUUGUUUUAACUGUCACCAUCUCUGUUUAUUCAAUGCCAUAUUCUUGCCUUCAACACUCAUGCCUGACUGUUGCAGAUCUUCUCACACUCAAUCCAUUAGCCCCUUUGCUGGAUGCCCUCAUUUUCUCUUAUCUUCUUCCUGCCUGUCCCAAAUCUUCCUCACCAGAUUGUCUCCUUCUUUUCUGUACAUGUGCCCUAACCAAUGUAAUCUAUAUUCUUUGAUCUUUUCUGCAAUUUGAGCUACUUUGGCUUCUGCGUUUAUGUCCUCAUUUCUUUGUCUCUACCACAUUGCGCAUCCUACCACUCAUAUCAGGCAUUUCAUUUCCAUCAACUCUAGCUUCCUCAUCUGCUCUGCCUUUACUGCCAAGGUUUCUGUACCAUACAG